AUGGAAGUGUUGCGAAAGCGAAAGAGGGCUAAAAAUGCAACAAUACUAAAAACGUGCGAGGAAGGCAGCACCCGCCGAGGGAAAAGAAAAAAAAUGAAGGGGCGCUUUGCUCCAAAGCAACAACGACGAGGGCAUGUUGAUAGCCCUGAACUUCGAAAAGCACUUAGGGAGUUUUGUCUGCGCAUUAACACGAUCGGCGUUCAAGGAUUACUCACUGAAUUUGCAGCACUGAAAAAACAAGCAGAGACAAUUGGCACAAAAAAGAAGUCUGCUUUUGAUGCCAAUCCAGAAAAGAACAGAUUUAAAAAUGUAAUCUGUACGGACGAUACACGAGUGAUCCUUACCUGGCCUCCAGGAACUAACGAUUACAUCCAUGCUAGCUGGAUCACCAGCAGCGAAACCCCAAAAAAGUUCAUCUGUACUCAGGGACCUAAAGAGAACACUGUUGAAGACUUUUGGCGAAUGAUUUGGCAAGAAAAAUGCAAAAGUAUUAUAAUGUUGUGCAAUAUAACAGAACAUGGGGAGAAGAAAUGCGAGCAAUACUGGCCUGAAACAAACAAUCCUCUGAUAGUGCUACCUGGGUGCAAAUUAACGCUAAAGUACGUGAAAGCUCAGGAUGUGGAGGAAAACAUUAUGCAAACUACAGUUGAAAUGUUCACAAAUGAAGAAAGUAAACAUACGGUAGAACAUAUUCAAUGGAGGGACUGGCCAGAUGGCGGUGUUCCUUGCCUAAAUCUCUUCCCUUUCCGUCUUCUGAUGAUGGUAAAACAGCUUACUCCCAUAGUAGUGCAUUGCUCUGCCGGUGUUGGACGAACUGGCACACUUGUUGGCAUAGACUUGCUUUACUCGAAACUUGAGAAAGGAAUUUCGACCACCUUGGAAAGUGUGGUACGUGGCCUUCAAAAUGAUAGACAUGGUUCAGUGCAAACGGAUGAGCAAUACCUGUAUAUGCACCGAAUUUUCCUUACGGUGGCUGAAAACAAGAAGGUGAUCACCGCAACGGAUGUUCAGAAGUUUAUAACAGAGUACAACACAUUUUGCAAGGAACAAGAGUAG